UUCACUUGUUGUUUGUGUUUGUGUAUGUGAAUAGCGUUUCUCUCUUCAAAAAAAGGAUAAUAGUUUUUCUAUUUAUUUUACAGAGAAAAGUUGAAAUUUGCGAUUAAGUGAAAUAUAAUUCUUUAUAAAUAUCAUGUACGAGUGAAUUGAUAAAAGUGCAGUAUGUUUAUAAAACAGGUUAUUAUUCAGGGUUUUAAGUCCUACAGGGAACAAACGGUCGUUGAACCUUUCGAUCCUAGACACAAUGUUGUCGUUGGUAGAAAUGGUUCUGGAAAAAGUAAUUUUUUCUACGCAAUUCAAUUUGUUUUGAGCGAUGAAUUUUCUCAUUUGCGACCGGAGCAGAGGCAAGCAUUGCUUCAUGAAGGUACUGGACCCCGUGUUAUUUCUGCUCAUGUGGAAAUUAUUUUCGACAAUACGGAUGGUCGACUUCCGAUCGAUAAAAAUGAAGUUUAUUUACGUCGUGUAAUUGGGUCGAAGAAGGAUCAAUAUUUUCUGAACAAGAAAAUUGUGACCAGAAGCGAUGUAAUGAAUUUAUUGGAAUCGGCCGGUUUUUCACGCUCAAAUCCCUAUUACAUCGUUAAACAGGGAAAAAUUAACCAAAUGGCCACAGCUCCCGAUUCGCAACGCUUGAAACUUUUGAGAGAAGUUGCAGGAACUCGAGUUUACGAUGAUCGACGUGAAGAAUCAAAAUCAAUUUUAAAAGAAACCGAGGGAAAAGUUGAAAAAAUUGAAGACUUUUUACGAACUAUCGAGGAGCGUUUAAAAACACUUGAAGAAGAGAAGGAGGAAUUAAAGGAAUAUCAGCGAUGGGAUAAGCAACGUCGUUGUCUGGAGUACACAAUUCACGAGCGUGAACUCAAGGAGAAUAAACGAAAGCUCGAGGAAUUGGAGACAUCACGAGCGAAUAGCGGUGCCGAACAGGCGAAACUUUGUUCAGACGCGAAAAAUUCACAGGAACAGGUUCGCGCCGCAACAAAACGUUUGAAGGAGGCCAAAAAAGAGGUGCAAACCGCAAAAGAGGAGCGUGACACUCUGAGUGCCGAGCAGCAGCAACUUUUGAAAGAAAAAACAAAAUUAACCCUAACUAUCAACGAUUUAUUGGAAGAAGUAAAGGGAGACAAUGACAGUCGCAAGAGAGCGCAACAAGAAUUGGAGAAACUUAAGGCGAAUAUCGCCGAAAGGGAGAAGGAACUCGAAUCAAUUAAGCCCGAGUACGAAGAAAUGAAACGUGUGGAGGAAGAAUGUACAAGAGAAUUGGCACUAAAAGAACAAAAAAGAAAGGAAUUGUACGCUAAACAAGGACGAGGUUCACAAUUUACAAGCAAGGACGAAAGAGAUAAAUGGAUUCAAAAUGAAUUGAAACAAUUGACAAAGCAAAUUAAAGAUAAAGAGGAGCAUCAAAGAAAAAUAAGCGACGAUCUUAAGAAAGACGGCGAGAAGCAAAUAAUGUUGGAGAAAAAAAUUGAAGACUAUACACGCGAAAUGGAACAACAAAGAAAAUCAAUUGACGAUCAUAAUAAACAAUAUUACGAUCUUACAAAGUCUAAGGAUCAAUGUCAAGCGACACGAAAGGAGCAAUACCGCCAAGAGAGUGUUCAACAAUUAAAUUUGUCCGGUUUGAAGGAGGAUUUGGCGAAAGCCGAUCAAAGUUUACGUUCAAUGGCGGGAAAACCGAUUCUAAACGGAAGGGACAGUGUUCGCAAAGUUUUGGAUACAUUCAGACAACGUCCGGAUAUGGCGCACGAGGUGAGUUCUUAUUAUGGACCGGUUAUUGAGAAUUUCGACUGCGACAAAAGUGUUUAUAUGGCGGUGGAGGUGACCGCUGGUAAUCGUCUUUUUCAUCAUAUUGUCGAGUCUGAUAAAUUUGGAACAAAAAUACUCAAGGAAAUGAAUAAUCAACGAUUGCCCGGCGAAGUGACAUUCAUGCCUCUCAAUCGAUUGCACGUGAAAAUUCAGGAUUAUCCGAAAACAAGUGACGCUAUUCCAAUGAUAUCGCGUUUGAAUUACGAUCCUAAAUAUGACAAGGCUUUGAGAUACAUUUUUGGAAAAACGCUUAUUUGCCGAAAUUUAGAAGCGGCAACGAGUCUUGCGCGCACUUCCGGCUUAGAUUGUGUCACAUUGGAGGGCGAUCAGGUUUCAUCUAAGGGUUCAUUAACGGGUGGUUAUUUCAAUACAUUAAGAUCACGUCUUGAAAUACAAAAAACACGAUCUGAAUUGAUGACACAAAUAAAUGGACUUGAAAAUCAAUUGGGAACACUUAAGGAUGAAAUAAGAAAAGCCGAUCAGAGUAUUAGCUCCUAUGUCAGUGAAAUGCAACGUACCGAAACGAAGAACAGCAAAGCCAAAGACAUUUAUGACAAAAUGAAGGCUGAAAUACGAAUGAUGAAGGAGGAAUUGAGCGCAAUUGAGAGGUAUCGUACGCCAAAGGAAAGAAGUUUGGCUCAAUGUACAUCAAGUUUAGAGGCAAUGCGCGCAACAAAAGAGGGAUUAGAGAGUGAAUUACAUCAGGAAUUAAUGGCCCAAUUAUCGCACGCCGAUCAACAUCAAGUCGAUACAUUGAAUGAUGAUAUUCGACGAUUGACACGCGAGAAUAAAGAGGCAUUCGCCAAAAGAAUGCGACUCGAAGCGGAGAAGAAUAAAUUGGAGAAUUUAUUGACAAACAAUUUAGUGCGUCGUCACGAUGAACUUGUUCAAGCACUGCAGGAAAUAUCGGUUCAAGAUCGUCAACGACAAUUGGAUUCAUGUAAUGCACAACUUGCCGAUAUUGAAAAACGUCUCGUUAAAGUGAACGCCGAUUUUAAAUCGCAAAAUGAAAAGGUAACGAGCGCAAUGAAAAAGCAAAAAGUCGAAUCCUCAGAGGUGGAAAAAUGGAAAGUGAAGGAGAAAGAGGCGCAGGAGAAAAUUGAAGCUGACGCUAAGGAUUUAGAGAAAUUGGCGAGCAAGGCAAAUAUAUUGCAGCAAAAAAUUACCGAAUGUACGCAAAAAAUAACUGAAUUAGGCGCAUUACCAAGUCAUGAGGCUUAUUCGAAAUUUAGUUCAAUGUCGACGAAACAACUUUUCCGUGAAAUGGAAAAGGCGAAUAAUCAUCUUAAAAAAUACAGCCAUGUGAAUAAAAAAGCAUUGGAUCAGUUCAUGUCGUUCAGCGAUCAAAAGGAGAAACUUGUGAAAAGAAAAGAGGAACUCGAUCGCGGCGAUGAGAAAAUUAAGGAACUUAUGUUUGUUCUUGAGCAGAGAAAAUGUGAGGCAAUUCAAUUUACUUUUAAACAAGUGAGUAAAUAUUUUAGUGAAGUUUUUAAGAAGUUGGUGCCCUCGGGACAUGCACAAUUGGUCAUGAAAACGGCCGACGGAGAAGAGGGCGAUGACGCAUCACAGGAAGUUGCCGAUUCUGAUCGUUUCAUCGGCGUUGGUAUUCGAGUUUCAUUUACUGGACACAAAGCAGAAAUGAGGGAAAUGAAUCAAUUGUCCGGUGGGCAAAAAUCUCUCGUCGCUUUAGCGUUGAUUUUCGCUAUUCAAAAAUGUGAUCCCGCGCCAUUUUAUCUUUUUGACGAAAUUGAUCAGGCUUUGGACGCGCAACAUCGAAAAGCAGUUGCCGAUAUGAUUCAUGAACUCAGUUCAGACGCACAAUUCAUCACCACUACAUUCAGGCCCGAAUUACUGCAACAUGCAAAUAAAUUCUAUGGUGUCAAAUUCCGAAAUAAAGUUUCACACGUUGAAUGUGUGACUAGGGAAGAAGCUGCCGACUUUGUGGAGGACGAUACAACACACGGAUAAAUUAUUUCUAAAGAAAAACCAUUUUUUUCCCCUUAAAAAGAAUAAAAAAGCAGAAAAUUUUGAAAUAAAAAAAAUUCAUUUAUCAUUUUGACGAAUGGAACUUUAAUUUUUAAGAAUGUUCCAAGAGCGUUUGAAAGUUUAUUAUAUUAUAAUAAAAUAAAACAGGAAUUAUAUUAGUUUAAUACAACUUUUUUUACAAGCUUAUCUAGGGCUAUUUAGAAUAAUGCAAAAAAAAAAAAAAUUAAAAAAAAAAUCUGGAAAACUUUAAAGUUUAUAAUUCCGAAUUACUAUGAUUGUAAAAUUAAAUAAUUGGUGUUUUAAUGAAGUUGGAAAAAGAAUAUUAUAAAUACUUUUACUUAAAUAA